CAGCACUCCAGCCCACAUCCCAGCACUGCGCUUCUCGGCCUACUGACUUGAGCAGUUAGGCAAAUUAGAACUGCAUACGCGAUUGAAGUCCUGUGAUUCUGUGACGAGGGUGAAGGAGCUGGCCGAGCUGCGAAGUGAACCAGCGAGGGUGAAGCGAGCCCACACCGCCUACGUCGUCCUCCCACCUGCGUCGUCCGCCGCCGCCGGUCCGCCCUUCUUCUUUGGAGUCUGGACUCAGUCCGCCCACCUGCGCCUUCCUCCAGAAUGUCAGAGAAGUUCUCGGCAACAUUGAGGAUCGGGGAUUUGAAUGAUUACAUAGCUCCAUCCCAAGGUUGUGUUGUUUCCCUCAAAGCAAAUUCCAAUAGGCUUGAAAAACUCGAGCGCUCAGUAAAAGUUGAAGAAGCUCCAAAACCAUCUGUAACAAAUGAGGCUGUUAAGAUUUCUCUCAAGGACUGCUUAGCAUGUAGUGGAUGCAUUACUUCAGCAGAGACAGUAAUGCUUGAGAAGCAGAGCCUAGAUGAGUUUCUUUCAAACAUAAACAAAGGCAAGGUGGUGGUUGUCUCUCUUUCCCCACAGUCUAGAGCUUCACUUGCUGUCCACUUCAACCUUUCCCCACAUCAGGCCUUUAGGAAAUUGACAACAUUUUUCAAAUCCUUGGGUGUGAGUGCUAUAUUUGAUACAAGCUCCAGUCGAGACUUAACUUUGAUUGAAUCUUGUAAUGAGUUUAUAGAACGUUAUAAGCAAUCCCAAAUACCAGGUGUGGAGGAAUCAAAGUCGCAAUUGCCUAUGAUAUCUUCUGCAUGUCCAGGAUGGAUAUGCUAUGCUGAGAAAACACUUGGAUCAUACAUUCUUCCUUUCAUUUCCUCAGUCAAGAGCCCCCAACAGACUAUUGGUGCUAUUGUUAAGAAUUAUGUAUGCGAAAAACUGCACACUAGGCCUGAGGAUAUAUACCAUGUCUCAGUGAUGCCUUGUUAUGACAAGAAACUUGAAGCAUCACGUGAUGAUUUUGUGUUUAAUGUGGAUGGUGAUGGUGAAGAAAUUACAGAGGUAGAUUCGGUUUUGACUACGGGAGAGGUUUUGGAGUUGAUACAGUCAAAAGCAAUUGAAUUUAAUUCCUUGGAAGAAUCUCCAUUAGAUAAAUUGCUAACAAAUAUUGAUGAUGAAGGACAUCUAUAUGGAGUACCUGGGAGCUCAGGAGGAUAUGCAGAGACCAUUUUCCGUUAUGCUGCUAAAGAAUUGUUUGGGAAGGAAGCUGGAUAUUCUUUAAACUUUAAUAUCAUAAGGAAUUCAGAUUUCCAAGAAGUUAGUCUAGAGGUGGAGGGAAAAAGUGUUCUGAAAUUUGCACGGUGUUAUGGUUUCCGAAAUCUGCAGAAUGUGGUUAGGAAAAUCAAAACGGGGAAGUGUGAUUAUCAAUUCCUAGAGAUCAUGGCAUGCCCUUCAGGGUGCUUAAAUGGUGGCGGUCAAAUAAAACCGAGGGCUGGGCAAUCUGCAAAAGAUCUGAUCCAAAUGUUGGAGAAAGCUUACAUGGAAAAUGUCUUGGUAGCCAAUCCAUCAGAGAACCCCAUCAUUAAGGGACUGUAUAACGAGUGGCUUGAGCGGCCUGGUUCAGAAAAAGCCAAGAAGCACAUUCACACCCAGUACCACCCUAGAGUUAAGAGUAUAACCUCUCAGUUACAGAAUUGGUAGUGAUGAUGAAAGGUAAUAUGUCACUGUAUGUGUUUGCUUGUCAUUCAACACAAUUUUGGUAGAGAAGUGAUAUUCAGAAACCGUUCUGAAUGCCAUCCUGCACUGUAAAUAUCUCACUUCAUAACCCUCAAAAUUUUCUUUAAUAUAUUUGAGUUAUACGGAGCAACUUAUAAGUAUGUCAGAAACGUUGAAACUGUGUGUUCUGGAGUAUUGACGGCAAACGUUAGUAUCUGCAGUUGCAUUUAAAGUUAGUCUUGUG